UUUGAGGCUUAAUAUUCUUCUGCAGACAAUACAAGAUUACAGAAGAACAAAUUAAAAAAAAACCUCCUGGAUUUUCAUUUAAUUUUGGAAUUUUUUUACUUUUUGCCCCAGAGCUGAGCUUCCAUCUGCAUAGAACUUCAAAAGGAAUGGACUCAAAUCAGUAUUUCGGAUACGGUGCCACUGGAUUGGGAUUCGGGCACUCUUUGUACCCAUAUAUGGAGUCCUUAAAUUUCGACUCGGGAAAUUCUCCGAAUUCACCCUUUGUGGCUCACUUUGAUCCUCAAACCCCAACCUCAUUAUGUGACAGCCAAGAACCACAAAGCUCUACCGACACUGCCAUUUCUUUACCGGAUUGCUGCUUCCAACCGUGUAGUUCCCCGUUUGGUUGCCCUCCACAAACUCUACUAAUCCCUUCUGUUGAAACCCCUUUUCACCAUCUUAAUCAGACCAACAAACGGUCGUUAUGUGACGAAGCAUCGGAUCCUUCUUUGAGCAUUCAGGCUGCCAAGCGCUGCAGAACCGUGCACGGUUUCCCCCUGCUGGGCUGUGAUAUAAAACAGAUUCUUAUUGCCUGUGCCAGAGCACUUGUCAUUGGGAACAAGGACUUGUUUGGAAGGCUGGUUGAAGAGGCGCGCGUCUUGGUUUCCAUUAACGGCGACCCGAAUCAGCGACUCGGAGCUUACGUGAUCGAAGGGUUGGUGGCGAGGAAACAAGCGUCCGGGGCCAACAUUUGUAGGGCUUUGAGGGGUAAAGAAGCGUCGUUUAUAGGGCUUCACCAAACGUGUCCCUACCUGAAAUUCGGUUACAUGGCGGCAAACGGAGCCAUAGCCGACGCGUGUAGGGACGAAGACCGCAUUCACAUCAUUGACUUUCGCAUCGCCCAAGGGACCCAAUGGCUGACUCUUCUGCAAGCACUAGCCGCGAGACCGGGUGGGCCCCCGUGCGUCCGAAUCACGGGGAUCGAUGACCCGGUCUCGAAACACGGCUUAUCGGCCGUCAGGGCGCGCCUCGAGGCGAUCUCGGAGAAAUUCAAUAUUCCCGUCGAGUUCCGCGCGGUGGUCCCCCCCGCACUCGCAUCGGGAGCCAUCACGAGGGACACGCUAGACAUUCGGCCCGGGGAGGCGGUGGCGGUGAACUUCCCCUUCCGGCUCCGCCGGACACCAGACGAGAGCGUGGACGUGAGGAACCCGAGGGACGGGGUCCUCAGGCUCGUCAAGUCGCUUUCCCCCAAGGUGGUCACCCUAGUGGAGCAGGAGUCGAACACGAACACGGCCCCAUUCCUCCCGAGGUUUCUAGAAGCACUGGACUACUACGGGGCCGUGUUCGAGUCGAUGGACGCCAGCCUGGCGAGGGGCAAGGAGCGGGUGGGGGUGGAGCAGCACUGCGUGGCGGGGGACAUCGUGAACGUGAUCGCAUGCGAAGGGGAGGAGAGGGUCGAGCGGCCCGAGCCGCUCGGGAAGUGGAAAAGCCGGUUCACGAUGGCCGGGUUUCGGGAGUACCCCCUCAACGGGUACGUGAACUCGGUGAUCGCGGCGCUGCUGAAGCGUUACUCGGAGCACUACACGGUGUCGGAGAGGGAUGGGGCGAUGCUCUUAGGGUGGAAACAGAGGAAUCUGAUUUCUGUAUCGGCUUGGCACUGAUUCAAUUAAGCAGCAGCCCAAAUAUUUAAGUAUGUAUACAGAGAUGGCACCAGCUAUGAUAUAAUGCACAAAUAUUAUGUUGUUGUAUUGUUGCAAUAGCCUACUUAUGGUGGUACUG